AUGUCAAGUGAAGCGAGUAGAGGGGUCAGUUCUGCCAAGACCCCAACAGGUUUUAUACGACCCAAGAAGAGCGACCUGGACGUGAAUGACGAUAUGCUGUUUGACUUUUUAAACAGUUCAGAUACCCCUGUUGGCAACAGAAGGGAUUCAAAACGUGAAAUUAAAGUUACUGUCACAGAAACACUAAGCCUCACUCCUCCUCCAUUGGUCGCACCCCUCACUGUCCCUUCUGCUCCCUCCACACCACCCUCGACCCGCGGAGUGUCCCGGGCCUCGAGUCUCAGUUCUCUGUCUGCUCUGAGCAAUAAAACAUCAGAGGAGAGUUCUGCCAAAGAGCCAGGUCAAGAAAGUUCUGACUCUGGUUUGGCCCCUCCUCAAGAGCAAAGUCACCCGGAGGCUAUACCCUCAGAGGAACCCCAGAGUCAUGUCCUGUCCAGCCUUCGCCUUGAGAACCAGCUCUUGCACAGCGAGGUGGCUUCGCUCAAUCAGGAGAUGGCUUCAGUCAUUCAGAGGGCUAAAGACCUGCAGGAUGAACUAAACCAGUCGCGUCUUCGUGCUGACAAAUGGAACUCUGAACACUCGGUGACAGAUCGCAAUUUACGUGAACUUCGGUCACAGGUAGAUGACCUCAAAGAAGCCCUUUCUGCCAAAGACGGACAACUUGCAGUUUUAAAAAUCAGACUCGAUGAAGCUGACCAACUACUUAAGUGCCGUAAUGUAGCCCUGGAGGAGGCACAGAAAGAGAAGUCACAAAUUAUGCAAGACCAUACGGAAGGAAGCAGCAUGCAUUCACAAGCUCUUGAAACCAUGCAGGACAGGCUACGAGAGACUGAAUUGUCGCUCCGAAGAGAACAGGAGAGCUAUCGACAGAUGCAGAGUGAAUAUUCCGCCCGACUGUCCAAACUAGAGACUGAGCGACAGACUCUGGCUGAAACUGUGACUGCAUCUGAACGACGCACUUCAGAAGAAAAACUCAGGAUCGAUGACUUUCAGCAGCAGCUGAAAAGUGCCAAAGCAGAAUCGGAAACCGCAAAACAGGAGUUACAAGAAUACAAACAGAAAGCUGCACGCAUCCUACAGUCCAAAGAGAAGCUGAUCAGCAGUCUGAAGGAGGGCUCAGGCCUCGACACUCUGGAUGGCAGUGGAACCAUGACUUUGGAGCUCGAGGAGCUGCGGCAUGAAAAAGAGAUGCAGAGAGAAGAGAUACAGAAACUGCAGGGGCAGGUUCUAACGCUGAGAACAGAAGUACAGGAUUUGGAAAAUCAAGCCAUGGCUGAAGCAGAAACGUGGCGUGAGCAGCAGGUGCAUUUACAGGAACAGCAGACCGCACAGACCAGAGUUAAGCAGGAGCUGGAGGCUGAAGUUGAGAGAUAUAAGCAAGAGGUCCAGUAUUUGGAAGAGGAACAGCAUCGUGUUAAAUCCUCUCUGCAAAGCCGCAUCAAAGACAGAGAGGAUGAAAUUCAAAAACUCAGGAAUCAGCUGACAAACAAAACCAUAAGCAAUAGCCAAACAGAGCUUGAGAAUCGGCUGCACCAGUUGACAGAGACGCUGAUUCAGAAGCAGACAAUGCUUGAGGCUAUAGGGACAGAGAAAAACUCUUUAGUUUUUCAGUUGGAGCGACUUGAACAGCAGCUAAAGGCAGCGCAGGGAGGACAGAGCGGCGCAGCAUCCAUCAACAUGAACGCUUUGGAAGGACCAAGUGCCAGACAGAGAAGUACACCUGUUUUAUUUGGUGACCAAGACAGUCCUGGAGUUUAUGGGAAAGUACGUAAAGCUGCAAGCACUAUUGACCGCUUUAGUAUCAGGUUGGGAAUAUUCCUACGACGUUACCCUAUGGCCAGAGUCUUCGUCAUCCUCUACAUGGCUGCUCUACACUUGUGGGUCAUGAUUGUUCUUCUCACAUACUCACCUGAAAUGCACCACAGUUUACCUGAUGGACAAUAG